UUAGGUUGGAGUCAAAACCAUCCCAAGGGCUGUGUGGUCAGAGCUGGCGUCCUGGAAGGUGGUGCGGUCCUGGGGCACUGCCCUCGCAGCUGACUGCGCUGCUGGAGGUGGGGCCGAGGGAGGAAGUAGGUCACUGGGGGUGGCCUGGGAAGGGGUGUCUCCUCGGACUCUUCCUGCUGGCUGCUUCCUGGUUAUCAGGAGUUCAGCAGCUCCACUCCCCGUGUAGUUCCUGCCUGGGAGCCCGCGGACCUUGGACUGAAAUGUCCGCCUGCCAGAUGCUCUGCACCUGCUGUGAGUGCAAGGACCGAGUGGACACACACUGGCACUGCACCGUCUGCGAGGAUUAUGACUUGUGUAUCUCCUGCUAUUACACUAAAAACCACGACCACCCGAUGGAGAAACUGGGUCUUGGCUUAGAGGAUGACCAGCAUGCUGCAGCCACCCAGAGCCCGGAAGAAUCUCGCCGCUUGAGCAUCCAGCGAAACAUCCAAUACUUGAUCCUAGCCUGCCAGUGCCGGGAUGCCAACUGCCCGUUGCCCUCCUGCCAGAAGAUGAAGCGGGUUGUACAUCAUACCAAGAGCUGCAAACGGAAGAGCACCGGCCGGUGCCCUGUGUGCAGGCAGCUCAUUGCCCUCUGCUGCUACCAUGCCAAGCGCUGCCACGAGAACUACUGCCCUGUGCCGUUCUGCUUCAACAUCAGGCAGAAGCUCCGCCAGCAGCAGCUGCAGCCCCGGCAGGCCCAGGUGCUGCACCGCAGGAUGGCCAGCGUGUAGCCGCCAGUGUGGUGGGCCAAAAGUAGGGCCUGCCCUCCCCAGCCCCUGCCACGACAACUACAUCAAAUGUGCAGCAGCCACUCAGAAGAUGGCCUAGCUCACCCCUUCCGGAACAGCCCUGGUGACCUUCCACCUCCUCCACAGACUCCUCAGCCACCCUUGGCUGGGCACCUAGCUGCCGCAGAAGAAAUAGCAGUGCACAUUCAGACAGCAGUGGAUACACCGCGCCGGAUGGCCUAUGGAGACCAACACAAUUCCCAUAUCCCAGAACUCCCACGGCCCCAAUGGACAUAAGCCCAUCUGCCAUGUCUAGAGGUCCCAGCAGGCAUCUGGAGCCAGAGAUGGGGCCCACAGUAAUGCAGCAGCAGCUCCCCUGGGCCCAAGAAGGACUGCCUCAGCCCCAGCAACUCCAGCGAUGACAGGGUGCCAAGGCCGGCCAUGAUGUCAGUGGCCCAGCACGGGCAGCCCUUGAACAUGGCUCCACAGCCAGGAUUGGGCCAGGUGGUGUGAGCCCACUCAAACCAGGCACUGUGUCUCAACAAGCCUUACAAAACCUCCUGCGGACGCUCAGGUCCCCCAGCUCUCCCCUGCAGCAGCAACAGGUGCUAAGUAUCCUUCAUGCCAACUCUAAUGGACAGCCUGGCAUGGCCCAGGGACAGUCAGGGCUGCAGCCACCAGCCACGCAGAGGGUCCACUCCAGGUCAGCCAUGCACGACAUGAAUCCCAUGCAGGCAGGCGUGCAGAGGGCUGGCCCGGGCCAGCAGCAGCAUCAGCAGCCACUCCAGCCGCCCAUGGGCCUUGGGAGCAGAGGCGGGAGACAGUCUGCAGGCCUAUCCGCAGUGACUCCUCUAGCAGCAGGUGGGGUCCCCUGCUCAGCUGAACCUCAUGCGCCCCCAGCAGCCACGUUCCCAAAGCAGGUCCAGUCCCCACACCUCCAAGGCGAUCCCCAGUUCUCAUUCCAGUCACAUGUGGUCCCGCAAUCCUAUCCCUUUCCCAAGGCCUCCAUCCCAGCCUGUCCCUAACCCCGAGGAUGCAGCCUCAGUCUUCUCCACACCAUGUUUCCCACAGACCAGUUCCCUACAUCUUGGACUGACUGCUGCCCAGGCUGCCAACCCCAUGGAACAAGGGCAUUUUGCCCGCCCAGACUAGAAUCUGAUGAGCUUUCAGCUCGCUAGCCAUCCAGGCACGGCAAACCAUGGUACAAGCAUCGUGGACCUGGGACUCGGCACCGAUAGCUCAGAUUGAAUUCGGACCUCUCACGGAGUACGCCAGACAUGUAACACACCUGGUGGUACUUUGGGAGCAGAGAAAAAUUAUUUUCUCUUAAGACUUUUUGAACUGAACGAAGUUUUUUGGAAUCUUUCUUAGCCUAUGAAACAGUUUUUCCUUAGAACACCUAAGAACUGUGCAGUAGUCAUUUGUGGAGGUUAUUUCUGAUUUGGCUUCAUUUCAUUUGCAUUAUUGGGGAAUGAACCCAGGGUCAUUGCACUGAGCUAUAUCCCCAGUCCAGUUAAAACCUUUUGUAGCCAGGUCUCAGUCACUGAGAAGUUGCCCAAGCUGGGCUUGAACUCCAUGGUCGUCCUCCCUCAGCCUCCCAGGUGCUGGGAUUCAUGCGUGGGCCACCGUGCGCAGUGCCAUUUGGGGUUUCAAGUGAAGGUGCCAGGUGAGCCUGAGGAUGACAGCACACUAAGAACAGACCCUGCUGUGCUUGCCCAGCCGACCUUCGCUGUGCGCGUGUGGUUCGAGCGCGCUGGGGGGAGGCUGAGGGCGGAGGCCCCGGUAUGCUCCUGCCUUGCACCUCCAGUAGGUUUUACUAGUUUUUUAAAAUUAAGGAAAAUGUGUAAUAUCAGUAGUUACUAUUUACUGGUUCAGAAGUGAAAAUUUUUCCUUAUUUUCUUCACUUUAUGGAAGAAUUUUUAAGAUUCUAAAACCAAAGUACAGCAGGGGUUCAUGUUACUUAAAAAAUAUGUUCCACGUACAUAAGUAUAUUAAAAUGGCAGUUUCUCCCCGAGUGCUAAAAUACUCAUUUUUUAAAAAAAUUUUUGGUGAGAUGGUCUGGGAAAAAACUUUCCCGUUUGGUCUGAGUCAACUUUAAUGCUCCAGAAAAUUUUCUAUAAGUCUGAAAAUAAAACUUCAAGUAUUAAAAUAAUCUGUGGGUGUGAGAGGGAAAUGACUUUUUCAAAAUAGGAGCAACUGCCCAGUUGACGUAUUAUAAAUUGUGACUUCUUACAGAAAAAUUUUUGUUAGACAUCUCAUAAAGGAAAAAUGAAAAAGUGAGAAGUCACCCAGUGUGAUUAUCAGAACAUGCAAGGUCUCCCUGUUUUGGUUCUUCUGCCACACACAGUCUCGCUUUCUGUAAAAAAGUGUAAACCUUGCAGUUAAAGUUGAUGACCUGUAGAUACAAGCUUGGGAUCGCUGUAUAGCCUGUCCAGUUCGAUUUCUUAUUACCUGUCGUUGAAUAAACUGUGAGACACCGA